CUGUUUCUCAUGUCGCUAAAUUUGAACCUGAUGUUUUUGCUAAUAAUGGACUUCUUAUGUGUUAUUAUUGUAGCAAAAGUAUUAGUUUUGAAAAUAGAAUUUCUGUUACCUCUCAUCUUGCUUCAAAAUCCCAUAAAACUAAGCAUGAACGAUAUCUUAAAAAUAAUCAAAUAGACAAACAAUAA